AUGAGAUCAAAGGCCCAGCUGAACGGUAGAAGAGCUGCUCUAGGAGAAAUUGGUAACAAGGUGACAGUGCGAGGUGGAAAGCAGCCUGCGGUUAAGAACUCCAAUGCAACAUCAAAGCCUGCUACUACCAAAGUGUCAAAUGUGAGUGUGAAGCCAAAAGUUGUACCUGUGACAGUGAUUGAGGCUCCCCCACAAGUGAAAGUUUGGCUUGUUAAGGAAGCCUCUCCAGUUCCUAUGGAUGUGUCCAUGAAGGAAGAGGAGGAACUGUGUCAAGCUUUCUCUGAGGUUCUAAACAAUGUGGAAGACAUUGAUGCUGAUGAUGGUGGUAAUCCACAGCUCUGCAGCGAGUAUGUCAUGGAUAUCUACAACUACUUGAGACAGCUAGAGGUCAAGCAGUCCAUAAAACAAAGAUAUCUAGAAGGAAUGGAGAUCAAUGAACGCAUGAGAGCCAUCCUGGUUGACUGGCUGAUCCAGGUUAACUCUAGGUUCCAGUUGCUUCAAGAGACUCUAUACAUGGGUAUUGCUAUUAUGGAUCGGUUUCUUCAAGUUCAACCUGUCUCCCGUGGCAAACUCCAGCUGGUUGGUGUGACUUCACUCUUUGUGGCUUCCAAAUAUGAAGAAAUGUACAGUCCAGAAGUUGCAGACUUUGUUUAUAUCACAGACAAUGCCUAUACAGCUUCCCAGAUUAGGGAAAUGGAGAUGUUUAUCCUCCGUGAGCUCAACUUUGACUUGGGACGACCACUUCCCCUUCACUUCCUUCGCCGCGCAUCCAAGUCAUGCAGUGCUGAUGCAGAGCAACACACGCUAGCAAAGUACCUAAUGGAACUUACCCUUGUUGACUACGAAAUGGUCCAUUUUAACCCUUCUGAGGUUGCAGCAGCUGCACUCUGCUUGGCUCAAAAGGUCCUUUAUGUUGGCAGCUGGGGGCCCACACAGCACCACUACACUGGCUACACAGAGGAAGAUCUGACUCGGAUCAUGAAACACAUGGCUAAAAAUGUUACCAAAGUCAACCAGAAUCAGACAAAGCAUGUGGCUGUAAGGAAUAAGUAUGCCAGCAGCAAGCUGAUGAAAAUCAGUACACAUCCUCAUCUGAUGUCACCAGUUAUUACAGAACUGGCUGCAAGUUUGACUUCCCAGUAA